AUGGAACCAUUCCAGAAGGCAGGUCACAUACAGAGGUAUAAGAGAAGACUGAAUAUGGAGACUGCUUAUUCAAAUUUGAAUGAGAAGAUUUGGCUAUUUUUUGAUGUUGUGGUAGAAUGUGAAUUAGUGAUGGAAACUGCACAACAGAGACUGGAACUAUGGGAUAACUUAUACUAUAUGAAACGUGAUAUGGAGCUGCCUUGGCUAGUAGGAGGGGACUUCAAUGUAGUAUUACAUGAAGAUGAAAAGAUAGGUGGAUUUCCAGUGCACCCUCCGGAAUAUGAGGGUUUUGCAUUUUGUGUAAAUUCUUGUGGACUAUUUUAUCAAGGUUACAAAGGCAGUCCAUUUACAUGGUGGAAUGGGAGGUCUAAUGCUGAGUGUAUUUUCAAAAGACUGGACAGGAUAUUUGUCAAUUUUCCUUUUCAGAACAUGAUGCCAACAAUUGAAGUGGAACACUUAAUCAGAACUAGAUCAGAUCAUGCAUUAUUACUCAUGACAUGUGGUGAGCAGGCUAUAAACUUUGUCAAACCAUUCAGAUUCUUAAAAUUCUGGACAAAACAUGCUACAUUUAUGGAGGUGGUGAGGCAGAAUUGGAAUGCUGAUUUUAUUGGAGAUCCUUUCCUAAUGCUCAAGCAUAAACUCAAGAAGGUGAAGGUAGAAUUGUCUAAGUGGAGUAGGGAUACAUUUGGUAACAUCUUCAAGCAGUUAGCUAUAUUGGAGGACAUUGUUAGGAAAGCUCAAUCAGAACUGAAGAAGUACUUGAGUAUAGAGGAGCAAUACUGGAAACAAAAAACUGGAAUGAUAUGGUUUGCUGAGGGUGAUAGGAACACUAGUUUCUUUAACAAUCAUGAUAAUGGCAAGAGGAAGAAGCUGCAAUUGAAAAGGAUUCAGAAUGGAGAUGGAGCAUGGCUUGAAGAUCAAGAGCAGAUGGCUAAUGCAACAAUUGAUUUCUACCAAAUACAGUUCACAAAGGAGGGAGAUCCUGCUGAUUUCCCUAUGCUGGACAAUGUCCCAGAAAUGCCAAAAAAGCCUAGGGUCCAGACUUUCUCAGACUUAAAACCAAUAAGUUUGAGCAACUUCAUCAACAAGGUGAUCUCUAGAGUUAUUCAUUACAAAUUGGAGAAAUUCCUGCCUAGAUACAUAUCUCCUAAUCAAUCUGGAUUUGUGAAAGGGAGGAGUAUCUUUGAAAACAUUCUGCUCACUCAGGAGAUUGUCACUGAAAUCAGGAUGAGAGUUUUGGUGAAUGGGCAAGCAUCAAGAUUCUUCAAGUCUACAAGAGGGGUGAAGAAAGGAGAUCCUUUAUAUCCUGCAUUGUUCAUAUUGUCUACUGAAGUUCUAUCUAGAUCUUUAAACAAACUAUUUGAAGAUAAGUCCUUUAUUGGAUUUGGCAUGCCUAAAUGGUCUAAUCCUUUGAACCAAUUGGCAUAUGCUGAUGAUACUAUUAUAUUUGCCUCAGCUCAUCCUCCCUCAUCGAGCAAGAUUAUGGCAGUAUUAGGAGGCUAUGAGUAG